AGCUGUACAUUUGAAAAGGGUCUGGUCUGCGCAGUUCGAGUAGAGUACUAGACAACUCCAGCUUCCGUUAACUGUAGAGAGGGCAAACGAUAGCGUUUAAUUCAGCGCACAUAAGGACCUGGAAAAAACGCACUCUAAUCUAAGGAGUGUAGAUUAGACAAAGCUUUUGUCUUUCAGCAAAGAAAUGACAUUGGGACACGAUAAUCUCUUGAAAUAUAAGAACGCAUUAACGAGCUGAAAUACUUCCCACGCUAUUUCACCUACAAGGAGGAAUUGCAUCUACAUGUAUUCUGAGUUCACCAUCACGAAGUGACACUGAGCUGAAUUUGUGCAGGAACGGUGAGAAAGGAAUCAAAAUGCGCGUAAUCCGUGCAGUUAUUUUACUUGGAUUUUUUUGCCAGCACGCCCGAGGUGAACCUGUCAACCCCAAAAAUGACUCCGCCAUUGAAACGCACAACGUGACCGAAAACAAAACGGAAUACGCCAAAGCAGUUACCGUCACUGCCACCCCCAUAAGUUCCCAAGGCACGGAAAAGAGCUUGAUGGCAUCCCAAGGCUCCAUUGCUGGUUCUUCCCCUUCCCCAACGACGGUCACAAGUUCAGGUGGUUCUGAACCUUCUUCCACCACUGACUUCAGAAGCUCUACUCACAUUCUUACUACGUCCACCAGUCCAACACCUGGGGAUAAACAGGUCUCCAAAGCCCCCCACUCAAGCUCCACGGUUUUUACGCCUUCUACCGUGUCCCCCAGCCCAGUCCAAACAACCAAAUCCACGGAAGACCCAGUGGUUCUGUCUGCCUCAAGUUCCUACACCACAGCAACCACAGGCAUGUCUUCCAAGCCCAGGCUAACAACAAAAACCAUGGUCCAUAUAACCCAGAAAACCUCAGCAUCCACCUCCGGCAGUGUGAAUCGGUAUGUCCUGACCACAAGCACAUCUGCAACCAAGAGCACGGCCAUAGCCUUGGGCAUGAGGACGACCACCACCAGCACAGCAGUUAAUACCUUUCAAAAGCCCUUCAAUAUGACCUUCUCCACAGAGGAUGACCGGGGAAAGGACGGACAGGGAGAGGAAGACUUGUAUAAGAUCUGCCAGAAGCUGAUGAAGGACAUGCAGAAAGCAGAGUGCUCGCUGAAGGGACGUUACGGAGAAAACAGUGAAAUUAUUUUUGAGGGUGGAGUCAUUCGAGUCAGCCCUACGCUUUUGGAAGAAUACUACAAAGAUCUCAAGAGCACACCUGACAACACCACGCUGAUCGCCGUCCUGGCUUCCUGUAGCGCCCUGCUGGCCGUGAUAAUCGGCCUGGCCGUCUACGCGGUGUGCCACUGCAGAGCCAACAGAAAGGACCAGCAGCACCUGACAGAGGAGCUGCAGACGGUUGAGAACGGUUACCAUGACAACCCCACACUGGAGGUGAUGGAGGUGCAGCCGGAGAUGCAGGAGAAGGUGGCCCUGGGUGGGGAGCUAAACAGCAGCUGGAUCGUCCCCGGCAACAGCCUGCCCAAAGAGGACAUACCCGAUGAGGAGGACACACACCUGUAGGCCACGGCCUUUCCCCUUUGACCCCUGAGGUCAACAUGGAUAUGCUACACGCCAGUCAAAAGGAUACUGACAAAUGACUGCGGUCACCAUGGAAACACUGCCAAGCCAGCAGAGAGCACACAUUGGUUGGUGUGGUCACUUAGCUAUAUCACAGAAUGACUUUCUGUGCACCAAUAUGUGAAAGUAUUUAAAUCAUAAAAUGCCAAACUCUCACCCCCAAACCCAAAUAUACAAUCUCUAGGCACUAAAGCUGUAGCUCCUGCCUUGGUCCCUGUGAUGGUCAUGUGACUCCAAUCUGCACAAUUUAACAACUGAAUGUACAGUGCACUAUUUUAAUCUUUAAAAAUAUGCAUGUAAAAAUUAUAUGUAUUUAACUGAUCUUGGAUAUUGUAUAAGGGAAUGCAAUUAGCGCAAAAAAUGUUCUAAAUUCAAUUCAACAUUCAAUCUCCUACAGUCGAGGCCCUCAGGUUAGUGGACUGAAUGUACUGCCCCUGGGUUGUGAGGAUAUCUCAUCCCUGGAACCCUUAUGGAACUUUUCUGGAGUCCUUGGGACUGGCUCGCGAGUCAGGCUCAUGGGCCCAUGGUAAUAUAAGCCUGACCUGGCUGACACUCUGACAUGAGAACUUUCCUGCUUUGCUAAAAGGCAUGUGACAUGGCUAAUGCCACACACAUUAGGAUGAAAUGUGCAAUUGGCUUUGAGAGUCCCAGAGACUCCAUCGCAUGUUGUUGUCAUGUGAUAUGCAACAGCCAAUCAAGACUUCUGGGAGGUCUGGUUAAAUGUGUUGUCUAUACGUGUCGUAUUGUUUUUGAGUACCAAUAGAUGAGACCAGGCAAGUGAUAGUUAGUGGCACAUACGCUGAAGCCAACCAACAUAUGCCCCCUGCCCUGAAACAGCAAAAGUUCCCUUUUGGCUGCAUAUUAUUAAAUAUUUUUAUUUUCAACCACAGGUGCCCUUUGCAAUGACAAAAAUCUAUCAGUAAAAAAUCUACCCCGUCCUGGUGAUCUGUAAUCAUACUCAUUGCAACCCGCUCCCAAAAAAGACUGUGCACAGCCCUGUCACAAAUAUAAUCUGUGGCAAUUGAGCUUUUAAGGCUAAUGCGUUCAUUUCACAGAGACACCCCCAAUCCCAGUGUAGUGAAUGAUUGCUUGGGCAAUUUUAAUAACUGACAAAAACAACCUCUGAAAGUAAGGAAAUUACCAGUGUAAUCACUAUCUUUGUAUAUAUCCUGUGUAAAAGUGAAUUUGUCCAACACACUGUGCAAUGGUAAACAACAUCCAGUAUUAGAUCCAAGACCCAAUACAAAAGGGCCCUGAUAUUAGAAUCUAUGCUUAUGGAAUAUCUGUGCCAAGUUCUGUGGGCUAGGUUAAACAGACUGAUCCAUUUUUGUAUAAUACCAAUAAACAUUUGUGGAAACAUACCAAAAGUAGUCAUUUGUGGAUGCUCCACCAUUUUUGAGUUUUCGUAAAAACACUUAUAAUGCUUCUCCCCUGCAAAAACGGAUCAAUUCGCACAAAUUUUGGCGUGCUGAAUCUGUGGACUGACAUCUUCACCGGUCACUUUAUUAGUCACACCUGCUCAUUAACGCAGAUAUCCUGCUCCUCCAACCGGCAAAUCCUGUGGCUGCAACUCAAUGCAUAAAACACUUUUUGUUCAGUCAAACAUUAGAAUGAGCCCCGAUGCUUGGUGUUAGUGACUUCAACAGCAAUGCGAUAGUUGGUGCCAAACGUGGUGGUUACAGGAUCUCAGAAACAGCUGCCCUCAUGGGAUUUUCAUGCAAUACAGUCUCUAGAGUACAGUUUCUACAGAGAAAGGUGUGAUAAACAAAAACCAUCCUGUGCACAGGAGUUCUGUGGACCCAAAAACACCUCGUUAAUGAGAUGGGUCAUUAGGAUUUGGCAGAAAGGGAGGUUUGCAUCAUGAAUGUGUGCCUAAAAGAUCCGCAGAAACUGCGCGAUGCUAUUGACAUAGGCUAUGUUUUAAAGAAAACUUACAGUAGAAAAGAUUUGUCAGUUUAACUGUGGGUGUUGCAUGUCACAUAAAUAUCUGUAACUCAAAGGCGGUCUGAUGAAAUAUCACACAACAUGGUCGACAUCUGCACAAAAGGCCUGAGCUCAGUACAUUAGCGUGGCCUAUCCCCAGCCCACAAGGUGGUGCUAGAGAGCAGCUAAUAUUUUAAAAACGUACUUAAAAAUCAACAUUCAUUCAGAGGUCACAAACUCUAUAAAACGUUGUGCAAUAAUGUUGAAAACUAAAAACCAAAAAAUAAAUAAAUAAAUGCUAAAAACCACUAAAGCACCUUAUAGGCCUCUAAGUUGGAGUGGGUCCAGCUUAACAGUAGGAAGACAUGGAAGGUAGAACAGGCACUUCCGACUCUGGGAAUAACUACUUUCAGUUAUAUUUAAAUUUGGAAUUGUUUGUGUAAAGAGCCAGAUAGUAGUGGUGCCAUUGCUAACACAAAUAUAUGCAAUAUGCACAAAUGUGUUCACAUGCAAAAAAAAAAAAAAAAAAGAACCAAGAGAUGCAAAAAAGACAGUUGGCAUUGUUUUAUUAAGAAAACCUGAACAAAAUACAAUCUUUUAGUCAUUAUGUACAUUACAUACAAUGCAAUUCUGUAGUUUUCUCCCAACAUUCACUUCUCCACAGAGUAGUGCUCACAAAACUCUCCCAACAUUCACUUCUCCACAGAGUAGUGCUCACAACACCAGAGUACCAGCUAUCUCGGUUUCCACAAAAAAGAAACUGGAAAAACAAAACAAAAAGAAAAAAAAAAAAAAAAAAAAUCAAGAACAGCAUUCAAUUUAGCUCCUACAAUAAGAAACAAACUGCUAAAGAGAAUGAAUUUGGCGUUGCAUUACAAAAAGAUGCUUCAUUUAAUUUUCUGACACAACCCUUCCCCCGCACUUUCCUGGCAUAAGAGGGGGGGGGCUCUUGAAAGCCGCAUUAAUUACAAGUCCACCUUAUUUUCAUGGUAAAUGUAAUGGAUUCCUGAAGCCACUAGAGGGCCAAGACUCUUAUCCAAAAAAAAAAAAAAAACGGCAGACACACAAAAUGAAGACAGUCGACAAAUACUUCAGCAGAUCAUUCAACUGUGUUAUGAAAUCAAUAAAGAGUUGUCAAAAUAUUCCCGUGACAGCACAGGAAAUGCAUUUCAAGUCCUUUAAAUAUUGUCAGACAAACAUGUUUAAUAGGCAAAGACGUAGGUACAUUUUAGCAAAAGAUGUACACAAAAAAAAAAAAAAUGACAAGAUUACCUGGGAGGGACACAGGAGCUCCACACCCAGGUCUUAUCGAUCGCUGAUUUAGGAUUUAUGAUUCAUAUGAAGUACUGACCACAGAAUGUUUUUUUUUUUUUUUUUUUUUUUUUUUUUUUUUUUUAAACCUUCAUUUCAGCCAUUGUUUCCAGCAUGAUAAAUAGUUUUACCCUGAGUCACACAGAUCA